UUCUUAAAAUGAAAAAGCUUACUGCGAAUUGAUGAAGAAGCAUCGACACGAAAGAGAUACUGCAAAUGCUAGUGCUAAACUGCUAAUUCGUCUUCCUCGUCGAUCAUCAUUAACCUAAGCUUCUGUCUAUCCUCUCUUACUUUCCUUUUCUGAUUGAAAUAAUUGCGAACCUAACCUAAUGUGAGAUCGUCUUCAUAGUUCGUAGUAAACCCUAAUUGUGUAAUUGCUAGUUCCUACUCAUUCGAAAUUGAUUUCUAACAAAAUAUGUUUUUCUAAAUUCAUCGUAUGUCAUUAUAAUCUUAUUUCAUAAAUGAAUUUUAGAAAUGCAAAAUAAAUAAAAUGAUAAAGAUGGAAUUUUUGGUGAAGAGCUGUUUCCAGUAACAGCCCCAAAUUAACAGGAACGACUUGUUAAACUGAUAAACUGUCUCAAGGCGAAAAUGGAUUUGUCUCGUUUAAAUCUAUUUGGACAUUUGGUUUGUUCGUUUGAUUAAUUCCUUUUUUUUUUUAAUUAUUGUUGGUGAUUGGUUAUUAUGAGCAACUACCUGCUAAGCUAUUCAUGUCAAUUUGUUGUUGUGUAAGUUUUUGAAGACUAUUUUAUGCAUAAAAAUCCACACUUUUAAGGGUUAACCCAAUAAGGAAAAAAGCAAUUCUUCCCAAAGAAUAUGGGAAUUGUGAAGGGAAGUCCCAAAGCUUGUCUCUUUAUUGGAGUCUUAUUCACUCUGAAUCUUGGGUUUUGCGUGUUUGCUCAAGAAACUAGCAAUGAGGAGAGAAAGAUAUAUAUAGUGCAUUUAGGCGUUAGGCAACAUGAUGAUUCUGAGUUGGUCUCUGAAUCACACCAGAGGAUGUUGGAAUCGGUUUUUGAAAGCGAGGAAGCUGCUCGAGAUUCCAUCGUCUACAACUAUCACCAUGGAUUUUCCGGGUUUGCAGCCAGGCUUACAGACUCACAAGCUAAGCAACUUUCAGACCGUCCUGAUGUUUUCAGUGUCACACCAAAUCGAAAAGUUCAGUUGCAGAGCACGAGGGUUUAUGAUUAUUUGGGUCUUCCGCCGAGUUUUCCCUCAGGAAUUCUCCAUGAGAGCAACAUGGGAAGUGAUCUUGUCAUUGGUUUUCUUGACUCAGGAGUAUGGCCAGAGUCUCCGGCUUUUAAUGACGAAGGGCUUGGACCGAUACCGAAACAUUGGAAGGGGAAGUGUGUAGCCGGAGAGGGUUUUGACCCAGCAAAGCAUUGCAACAAGAAGUUAGUAGGAGCAAAGUACUUCACUGAUGACUGGGAUGAGAAAAAUCCUGGGAACCCAAUCACUGAUGACGAAUUUAUGUCCCCUAGAGGUUUGAUUGGACAUGGGACGAUGGUCUCUUCAAUUGCAGCCUCUUCAUUCGUGCCUAACGCGUCAUAUGGUGGUCUUGCACCUGGUCUCAUGAGAGGCGGUGCUCCAAAGGCUCGUAUAGCUAUGUACAAAGUUGUCUGGGAUAGUGUUACUAUGGGUUCAACCACUGCGAAUAUGGUCAAGGCAUUUGAUGAGGCCAUAAAUGAUGGCGUUGAUGUAUUGUCGAUUUCUCUAGCCUCUGUGGCUCCUUUUCGCCCAAUUGACGCUAUUACGGAAGAUUUGGAGCUUGGAUCGUUCCAUGCGGUGACAAAGGGCAUUCCGGUUAUAGCUGGUGCUUCUAAUACAGGCCCUGAUGCUUACACUGUGGCUAAUGGAGCUCCAUGGCUUCUCACAGUCGCUGCAACUAACGUAGACCGUACCUUUUAUGCAGACAUGACUUUUGGAAAUAACAUUACCAUAAUGGGUCAAGCUCAACAUACAGGUAAGGAAGUAUCUGCUGGUUUAGUUUACAUUGAAGACUAUAAAAACGAUAUCUCUAGCGUGCCGGGAAAAGUUGUCCUGACGUUUGUGAAAGAAGAUUGGGAAAUGACAAGCGCAUUGGCGGCUACAAGUACCAACAAUGCGGCGGGGCUGAUCGUGGCACGAAGUGGUGAUCAUCAAAGUGAUAUUGUCUAUAGUCAACCAUUCAUCUACGUAGACUAUGAAGUCGGAGCUAAGAUUCUACGAUACAUCCGGUCGUCAAGUUCUCCCACGGUUAAAAUUAGUACUGGUAAAACGCUCGUAGGACGUCCUAUUGCGACUCAAGUUUGCGGAUUCUCAUCUAGAGGGCCUAAUAUAAUCUCUCCAGCCAUUCUCAAGCCUGAUAUAGCAGCCCCCGGUGUGACGAUUUUAGGAGCUACAGCUGAAGACAGCCCCGGUUCUUUCGGCGGUUAUUUUCUAGGCACAGGGACAUCCUAUGCCACUCCCGUUGUUGCGGGUCUCGUUGUACUACUCAAAGCUUUACACCCUGACUGGUCUCCUGCCGCGCUAAAAUCCGCCAUUAUGACUACAGCAUGGAAGACUGAUCCAUCCGGAGAACCAAUCUUUGCGGAGGGAGAACCACGGAAACUGGCCGAUCCAUUUGACUACGGUGCAGGACUCGUGAACGCGGAAAGAGCCAAAGAUCCAGGACUAGUUUAUGACAUGAACCUCGAUGAUUACAUUCACUAUUUCUGCGCCACUGGUUACAACGAUACAGCAAUCACUCUAAUCACCGGAAAACCCACGAAAUGCUCGUCUCCGUUACCGUCUGUCCUCGAUCUUAACUAUCCGGCCAUCACGAUUCCCGACCUUGAAGAAGAAGUGACCGUCACAAGAACGGUGACUAACGUCGGACCUGUGGAUUCAGUUUACAGAGCUGUGGUCGAACCUCCACGAGGUGUAAAGAUUGUUGUCGAACCCGAGACUCUGGUGUUCUGUUCGAACACGAAGAAACUUGAGUUUAAAGUUAGGGUUUCUUCGAGUCAUAAGAGUAACACUGGUUUUAUCUUUGGUAGUUUCACUUGGACUGAUGGGACUCGAAAUGUUACCAUUCCUUUGUCUGUAAGGACUCGUGUUUUGAACCCUUGAAUAAGAAGAUUCCUCAAUUCGUCAUAAUUUUUUUUUUUUU